ACGAAAGUCUGUCUAGCCGGUCGAUUAAAAAAUUUUUGCCAUCUUUACCGUCGAAAUUUGAUCUCGUCUCGGGGUGCCAAAAGUGAAUUGCUUUUUUUACGUCCGCAGUAGCGGUAGGAUAUUUUUUUGCCCGGCGAUUGACGCCGCGGAAAGACUGCGCGGAAAGGGGAGGCAGUGUGUACAAGAAAUAACAACAUAUAAAUAUGGGUGCCAAAGGAAGCGUGGAGGCUGCCAAAAUCAAUUCGCAAAACUGGAGCAAUCUCGAGCACAAACAUCCGAAGCAGUUUCCCGGUCACCACCAGAGAUCGCAGUCGCUAAACAGAGGCGUACGGGGACAGUGGUCUGGUAGUAAAAUGGGUACAGAUUUCGGUGGUGGGGAUAUGUGGUGACAGCAGCGGUGCCAGUGCCCAGCAGGGACCACCCAGGGCCAAGGUAUGGGCAACAAGUUAAGUUGCUCCUGUGCUCCGCUCAUACGUAAGGCGUACCGCUAUGAAGACUCACCUUGGCAAACAUCCAGACGACGAGAUGGACACCUCUUACGUCUUUGGGCUGAAGUCUUUCACGUAUCGGCUAGUGGCGCAGGCACCGUGAAGUGGCAACAAGUUAGCGAAGAUCUGGUACCGGUGAAUAUAACGUGCAUUCAAGAUUCGCCAGAAUGUGUGUUUCACAUUACUGCGUACAAUUCGCAAGUGGAUAAAAUCUUGGACGUACGAUUGGUUCAACCUGGUACGAGAAUAGGUCAAGCUUCGGAAUGCUUCGUAUAUUGGAAAGAUCCAAUGACCAAUGACACUUGGGGACUGAAUUUUACCUCGCCCAUAGAUGCCAAACAGUUUCGAGAAUGUUGUUGUGACUUGUUGCAGUCGCCCUCGUUCAAGUUCUCUCGUAAAGCUUCCUCGUCGUACUCGCUCAAGCUGGAACCGCCUGGAAAGCAGAAGUUCAAACAGAAAAGGAAGCCGGUCAGUACACCCGCAUCGCCGUCUAGAGCGUCACGAGAACCUCAAUGCACUUGUAUGACUGCUGAACAGUAUGCCAGAUUGAGAGCUCAAGAUCCACGAUACCGAGGAUCAUCUACUCUUCCAAGGGCGACAACGAGAGCUUCCGAUUCUGAAACGAGAACAGAAAAGGUUGCGGCAGCUACAUCUUCCACUAGUUUAUACGACAACGUUGGUGCUUCGCAGGCCGCAACAACACAGGCUACUAAAGGAACGCAGAGGGAAGGAAGUCAAACCAGGCAAACCCGCGAUCGAGGGGUGCAGCCCCAGUCUGACACAAGUACGAUGACUUCAAAUGCCAAUCCUGUGCCAAAAACCGUUACUGCUUCCGUUGGAACAGAGAACAAUAUAGGCUCACAGAUCAGCCAGACUGAAACGCAAUCGCAAACGACAGAAUCCCAAAAAUCGGAGGGCACCCAAGCCGGUGGUACUUUAGCACCGACGACGAAAUCUUCUUCGACCUCGACUCGACCUUUGAGGGAGAACAUGCAUCACGUGCUCACGAAUACGAAAUCCGUCGAUUAUUCGGAGAUUGACAUGGUUCGAGACGCUGAACUCAGGGCAUCCCAUCAUCACGCCAACCUUGCCAAUACGCUCCAAGGAAGGAGAAACAAAUCGAAGAGCACGGAAGACAUGAACAGGGAACCGGGGAUGAAUCUCGACAGUAACACGCUGAAACGUAUGCUCAAGCCGAUGCCCAGCCAAGAAAGUCCGGUGACGUCACCGGAAAUGACUAGGAAACGAUAUCACUAUUACAAUUCGCACCAUCAGCAGCGACAAAUGAACAACAACGGUCGACUCUCUGAGCCUGAAUCAGGACAUCCUCAUCCGCGGUCUGCUAUGGCACAGAAUUCCAGAUUUUCUGGAUCCAGGUCGUCGCACGAAAUCGGUCGUGGAUACCCCGGAAGAGGUUUGUAUUUGGAGCUUGAAAGGGGAGCUGCCGGAGACUUCUCACCUCCUUCGGAUAACAUAAUAUUCGAUAACCAGUGUUACGCUACAACGCCAAGCUCAAGCAACGGUAAUUCCGAUCCAGAGCAAGCUUCGCAUCAUUACAGCCGUCGACAUCUACACCACCAGAAUUCAAACGCCACCCCGACACCUGGCUCUCCAACUAGCAGAUUGCUUCUGGAAUACGAAAUGCACUUGAGGAAUACUUUAGCCAAAGGGAUGGACGCGGAGAGUUACAGUCUGCACACGUUCGAGGCCCUGCUGACCCAAAGCAUGGAAAACUUAGAAUUUGCCGAAAGCCUUCCCGGAUCAUCUCAAAGAAGUCCCUAUCCCCCCCGGAAAAGACCCGCAUCUAGCGCUUCCAUGAACAAAUCUUCGACUCUUCCGCUCAAUCACAGACUCGCGACGUCUAGGGAACGCGACAGAGAUCGCGACGGAUACUACAGCGAUCGAAACGAAUUGCUCAGGGAACGUGAAAAAGAUCGCGAAAGAGAGAGGGGGUACCUCAGCGAUCACAACUCAAGCUUCAGCUCUCGUUGUGCAUCCUGCAUAGGCGAAUCUAGCCGGGCACAAUGGUUCAGGCAUUCGGAUGGAUGGCGAUCAGGGAGUUCCACUUUUAGUUCCGCUCAAGGAGGUAUCCCACCAGGUCACAAACGGUCCCCGUGGGAUUCGCUUCCAUCUUUACGGCAGGAUAGCAGCAUGAACGAUAGCGGUUAUAAGAGCAAUAGAGCUGAUAGUUUCGAACAGAGGGCUGCAUUCAAUCGGCAAGACAGCCUGAGAUCGGAUUACAUGAGCGAUAGAGAAUCUAACAGGUACGGGAUAGUACAGCAAGCAUCCAUAGAAAGUGCAGAUUCCAGACUUUGCUAUUUGACUUCUUCUGAGAUUUCGGACGAUGAUCGGAUGUCCCUGACCACCGCCGUCUCCGAUGAAGAUGAUGGCGAGAGCGUCAUGAAUUCACCUUACAAAGCUAAGCAAACUGGUACAGCAGCCGCAUCAUUCAACUGCACUGGUGCAGUGAGGAAGGCGGGAUUCCUAAGCGUGAAGAAAUGGCUACUGCGCAAGAAACACCAGAUCGAGCUGGCACGGAAACGUGGCUGGAAAGGGUACUGGGUGUGCCUGAAAGGCACGACUCUCCUAUUCUACCCCUGCGACUCGCGGGAGGGUCGGAGCGUCGAAGCGGCCCCCAAACAUCUCAUAAUAGUCGACGGCGCCAUCAUGCAACCGAUACCAGAACAUCCGAAACGAGAUUUCAUAUUUUGCCUCAGCACAGCAUUCGGUGACGCUUAUCUGUUCCAGGCUCCGUGUCAGGUCGAACUAGAGAACUGGGUGAACAGUAUUCACAGUGCAUGUGCUGCCGCAUUCGCCAGACACAGGGGCAAAACCGGAACCCUACAUCUCUUGCAGGAAGAAAUUUUUCGAUUGGAAAAAGCCAUAGAAACCGACUACAAGCUGAAACAUAUGGCGGAAAUGCAACAAUCCGUUGUAGGUGAGACAGAUGCGCGACAACAGCUGGCCAAUCAAGUGUUGCAGUGGGAAGAAAAUCUGGAAAGGUUGCACUGCGAACAGUUUCGUCUUCGAUGUUACAUGGCGAGCUUGCAGAGCGGCGAACUGCCCAAUCCUAAAUCCCUGUUGACGCACGUGUCGAGAGCAACGAAAAAUACACUGAAUAAGUUAGGGGUGUUCACUGUGUCCUCUUUCCACGCUUUCAUAUGCGCACGAAGUCCAUCUCUGCUCAACAAUCUGCUAGCAGGCAGGGGAGCGACCAAGCGACGUCCGCCGCUGUUGUCCAGAUCUAACAGCGGCUCGAGCAGAAGAUCCCUGCAGAUGAAUUCUCGCGACGAACCCGAGAAGAGCGUGAAAGUCUCACUGCCCGAUCAAGUGACCGCCACGGUGUACCUGAGGGAAUCGAUGUCUGUGGAGGAGUUCUUGGCUAGUGCGUGCGCGCGAAAGAACCUCAAUUCCGCGGAGCAUUUCAUCCGCGUGAAGAAACGUCGCGAAAUGGAAGACCAUAACUACUUUGUGCCACAUCGAAGCGACUUAAUCGAGACUUACUUACACACCCACGAAGUAGUGGAAGUAUGUGCCAAAAUACUGUACCAAGUGGAGCUGUCGCGCAGUACUCUGGAGCAGAUGUGGGGCUUUAGCGUCGAAGCGGAACUCGUGGAGAAUGCUGACAGACAAGACGAGCUCUGUUGUUACGUCAGCAGAGUAGAGGACAAGAGCGUCGCCAUGCAGAACGGAAUAAUUAAGGGAGAUGAGAUUAUGGUGAUCAACGGCGCUAUCGUUUCCGACCUCGACAUGAUGUACUUAGAAAGCGUUCUCCAAGAGGAGCUCUCGUUGUGUAUGAUGAUGAGAUCGUCGCGUACGGAACCUCCCGACCUCGCAGGAAUAUUGAGGGCGACGGAUGAUAUCAUAGAUAGUUUGGUGUGUCCACCGCCUCCUUCGGAACCGCCAGCAAUAAGCGAAGAAAUGAUCUCAGGACUCAUCGUACCUGCCCCAGGUUGGAGUAAAGAUAGGUAUUCUACCGAAUCGGAAAAUCCAUCUUCGUCCCUGACCGACUCAAGUAUGAAAGUGUCAUCGAGGACUAACUCGUUCGAGAUAGAAAAUCUAUUAAAAACAGCGGAACAGGUGACCGGUUUUUGCCGUUCGCCGAUCGAGGUCCGUAAACAAUCAAGCCCGACGGGCAGCGUAGUCAGUAAUACGUCACAGGCAAUACACACUCCUUCUAGGCAGCUAUCGGAUGCCGAAAAACUCAGGAAAGUUGUACUGGAAUUGAUCGAUACAGAACGAACUUACGUUAAGCAUUUGAACAAUCUUCUGGAGAACUAUUUGGAACCGCUGAAAAAGGAAACCUUCCUGUCGAACGCGGAAAUCAACGCGUUGUUUGGAAACAUCCAAGAAAUUGUUACAUUCCAGCGACAAUUCCUCCAGAACCUCGAAGAAGCUUUAGAUUUGGAACCCGAGUUUUAUAAAUUCGAACACAGUAGUCAGUUUAAGAACGUCUUAUUUUCAAUCGGCAGUGCCUUCUUGUACUACGUAAAUCAUUUCAAAUUAUACAGCUCGUUUUGCGCUAGCCACAGCAAAGCACAGAAAGUGCUACACCCGAAUGAAGGAAACCAGGCGCUCCAGGAAUUUCUGGCUGCCAGGAAUCCGAAGCAGCAACAUUCGUCUACCCUAGAAUCAUAUCUUAUUAAACCGAUACAGCGAAUAUUAAAGUAUCCUUUGUUGCUCCAACAGUUGAGGAAUUUAACCGAUUCGAGUACCGACGAGCAUCAGCAUUUAGUGGAGGCUCUAAAAGGAAUGGAAAAAGUAGCCGAGCAUAUAAACGAAAUGCAACGCAUCCACGAAGAAUACGGCGCUAUAUUCGACCAUUUGUUCCGGCAACAUCAAAAAUCCUGUAAACAAUCAAUCGACUUGAGUCCUGGAGAUCUCCUGUACUAUGGCGGAGUCGAAUGGCUCAACAUUUCCGACUUUCUGGGUAAAAUCAAGAAGGGACUGGAGUUGCAUGCGAUGUGUUUCGUCUUCAAAACCGCCGUUGUAUUCUUGUGCAAGGAGCGGUUGCGACAGAAGAAGAAACUAAUGGGCGUGGCUAGCAAGGCGUCUUCAUCGGAGGUGGAAAUUAUAAGGUACCAAGUACUCAUUCCCGUCACGGAAGUGCAAGUCCGCGCAUCCUCGGCUAAAGAUAUGGAUUCGCAUUUCCUUUGGGAACUGAUUCAUUUGAGGAGCCAGCUACAACGAAGGUCCGAAAAAGUCUACGUCUUAUCGAAUAGCACCGCCGAAUUCCGGAACGCCUUUUUGAAAACGAUCAGGCAGAUAAUCAGGGAAUCGGUCAGGAACAUGUCGAUACCAUCAACGAAACCUGGAACCGGACCGGGAAUUCUUCUGGUUACGGGACAUAAAGGUGAACACAUAAACAGCCAAACCUUGGAGAGGCCCAAACAACACGUGAUCAUUCAAGGAUCCCAUACGCUGGGCAAGACGAAAAAGUCACAGAAGUCGCAGAGGCUCUCGGCCGGUAACAUUGAUUACGACAACGCGAUCCAAGAUGGAGACGUUAGCGGCGGAUUCCGAGGGAGAAGCAAAACUGUAGGAGACGCAGCUGAUCCGCAAAAACCUCGACUCGUUAACCAUGAAAGAAAUGACGCUGGUGCAAAAUCCGAAGGAGAAGAAGAUUCCCAAGCAGGCCCGGCAAAAGCCAAAGCUACGUUAGGGCGGACUCCCAAUCAUUUGACCUUGAGCACCACAUCAACUUUGUCGGCUGGCAGUACCGGUAGCCAAGCUCGACUAAUUCAAUCGUCUCAUCCUCCGGAGAAAUUCUAUCCGAUCCAAACCGAAGACCUAGGAUCGCCCGUUUGGAAGCCGAGGGAUAGUACAUUUGAGCAGACCUCAACGUCGCUACCGCGCAAGAAUCGCUCAGAACAAAACGCUUUAAGCGCAUCGCGCAAGUCUCUUGUCGAAACAACCAGCGCAGGUCUGGAAAUGCAUAACUCUUAUGCUCAUCAUUAGGACUCGUCGUACACACACACAUACAUACAUACACACACAACAAACACAGACACAUACACACACUAUUAAUAAUUAUUAUCGACUGUAAUUUUAAAUUAAUGGCGUCAGCACUUUUUCCGUUGUUUUUAGCCCCAAGAGUUUAUUAUUCCGUGAGAAUUUCGUGACGUUUGUGAGUUUAUAGGGAAUCUAAUGCUUAUAUAUCGAAAUAUUAUUUGGAAUUACGUUUCUAUAUAACUAGAGGUUUAAUUGAAAAUAAAAAUUAAUGUAUAACUUAGCAGUUUAGGCUUGUAGCACCUCCUCUAACAAUCAUCGAGCAUAAUAUUCCCUAAAAAACGUUAAGGUGUAUUUAUCCUGACGAUUGUGCCGCGAUAUGGCCCCAUAUGCGAAGACAUGUUUACACGUAUAAGAGCAAAAUAUCAACACAUUGCCUCUGUGCACGAUGAAACAGCCUAAAUUUUCUUUCAGGAUUAAUUUAUUGCCAAUAAAAGUCAAAUAAAAUGCAGACAAUAUAUCAAACACAAAUAUAAUUUUUCAAAUUGGUCAGUGAUUUGGAACUUUCUUGAAGUCCCUUUCCAUUUGAUCGCUUUUUUUUUAAUACGCAUGGUGUCAAAGUGAAAUUUUUAGAAUGCAAACUUAUUAAUAACUCCGGUGUAUAUCUCUUUGAAAUUGAUUUAUCUUCUGUGUCUCAUCUUACUACAGUUUCCUUGUGUUUUUUUUUAAAUAUCAACGAAACAAUGGAAAAACUUGGGUAUAUUAUCCUUUGGUGAUCUCUCUCUUACGAACGCCUUACUAUCGAGGGAAUUCUUUUUAGUUUUUUUAAUGGAUUGUCUAACUUUUUUGUUAGAUAUUUCAAUUCCAAUUGGAUGUUUAGACAAUUAUCAGAUUAACUGAAGGAAAUAACGCUUUUUUUGUAAAUUUUAUUUCAAUUUAGAGGUACUACAUAUAAGUUAUUUUUUGAAAAAGCUUAAAUGCAAUAAAAUAUAAUAUAAUAAUAAUAUAAUAAAAUAUAAGUCACAGUUAUUCUAAUUAAAUGAAAUAAUUAGAAAAUGUAAAAUUUUGUAUCUUAUGAAAGAAGGAAUUUAACUGGAAAAUAACAUAAAUAUUAUAGGGUAAAUAUAUUCAAGCAUUUACUCCAGGCAAACAAGAGACGUUUAUUAUACGUCGAAGUCACUUUGUCACAAUGACGUCAAUAAAACGUCUUAUUAGGAACGUUCUUUUUGGUCAUGUUUGCAAAACAUUUGCCUGCGGAAAUAUUAUCUUUUGCCCUUGUUUGCCAAACUCUAAGCUAACCAACACCAAAAAAACAUGUUUUUUUUAGAAACAUAAAUACAGAUAGGGUAGAUUGCUAGUAAAAAUUUCGUAAUUUUUGAUAGUUAGUUUGGUAAUCCAGUUUCGACGUUUCUUCGCAGUCAUAACGACCACAUCGAAGUUUCGUAACAAAAAAGGCGUUAGGAAAACAUGAGGUGGCGUAUCUGGUUCUCUGGGAUCUUUUUGUAGUACCCAAUAUAUUUUUCGAUUAUCAAAAUUUACGUGUCCAGUGGUAUAUGUGAGAGGAAUAAAUAUACAAAAUAAACAAUUACGAAUCUAGAAGACUCCGCAAAUUGGUUAAUCUGUUAGUGACGUUACAGAAAGGAGACUUGAUAUACAGGGUGUGAUAUAUGUGAUUCCUCAUUUCAUUUUGUGAAAAAAGUUCCCAUAAAUAUAGGAUCGGAAAUGCAUCCUUUACACAUACUUUCUUAAUUAAUUCAAAUGUCUCCUCACGGAUUUAUUUGAAAUAGACAGGCAUUGUAUCUAAAUAUGGACUGACGAACUCGGUCAAAACAACCGCGUCGUUUCUCAUUGAGUUGCUCCCAGCAAUAAUUCCAUUUUUUUGAUUCAGUACCGCAGUAAAUCAAUGCCUUAAAUUUUUAUCAAUAAAUUUAGUAAAUUGGUCCUCCAAAAUGCCCACCAAACUUCAAACAAAUCCGUGCGAAGAUAUUUGAAUUAAUUUAAAAAACACUUUUCCAAACAAAGCUUUAUCAAUGCAUUUCCGGAACCACAUUAUUAAAUAUGGCCGAAUCUUUUUAAACACCCUGUGUAUAUUGACGUCAUUGUCCUUUCCCGGCGAUCUUGGAAGCUGCAAUCACUAGGACCGGAUGUUAUUUCAGGACAUUGUCUAAACGGACUACAUCAAAAUGAAAGUCCAUCACCUAAUAGCCAACUCAAUGCUUAAUUUUUGAAAAGAAAAAAAAUUUUGCUAAGCGUUUGCCACAAGUUAAUUAUAAGCCAGAGGUAAUUUUUUGAUGUUUGCCCAAAACCAUUUAGGUAAUUCUUCAAAAAGUCAAACCUAUUAGGAAUAUUGUGAUUUGAUGGUCCCUUCACUUUUUUUUCGAAUGUCACACGUAUACGUAACAUUGUUGCCUCGAUUCCACUACAUUGUUGCCGGUAAAGCUACGAAGGACGGGCGGCGGACAAUAAAUGUAAUGAAAAUAAUGACAUUUCGAUCCACCCGACCUUAAAUUAAUAGAUAAUAACACAAUUCAUUUCGAUUUAACGAUCAGUUUUUUUUAAUAAGUAACAAUUAAUAUAAUCCUUGACCUCCCCCAUCCAAGUGCAGCGCGUACGUGCGUAGGUGCGUAAAUAAACACAACGACGGGCGACAUGGGUGGAUAUACAAGGUACAUAUCAAAACGCACGAGAACAAAUUAAUAAUUGUUAGGCAAGGCGUACCUAAGAUGCCCAGUUGCUACAUUUUUUAAGAAUUACCUACCCCGUACAAGCUUGAUUUUCCCACCGAAGUGGUCCGAUCUUUUACAUGAUUUUCCAUGUUUUGUUACUUU